CAGACACGUAAUACAAGAGGCUCAGCAGUCUCCACGUGGUCGUCUCCAGCAGCUUGGAUUUGUCUCUUUGUUUUUUCUACGGUUGGUCUAUUCGUCUACGACAUACAUAUGCAAUAGUCAUCAAUCGACGAUUCUAUUCUGCGGUCCGCUUUUCGGCCUUAUUUUAUUUUUAUUUUUUAUCUUUUUACCCAUUCCAUACCUUUAGGAAAUUCGCCUCCAUGACGAAGGUGAGUCGAGAAGAGUCCGCCGCAUGCCCGCCUUAGUACGUAAGGUAAAUUCCGAAUUUGCCGAGGGUGCCGAGAGGGUGAUGCCGCUUUUGCUGUGGGCGGAGGCGGAGGCCGAGACUGCGUGUAGAUCCCCGUGUCGACUUUCUUCCGGGAUCGUCGCGUUGAGGAUUUGGCGGGCGGAGGUGACGGGUUUCUGGCUCUCUGUUUUUACAUACGUAGGAUACGGAGAAGUUCGUGAUGGAAUGUUUGCUCCUCGGCUUACGAAGGCCUUGUUUAUUGCCGGAUUAUUAGCCUUAGCUGCCUUGGACUGUUGGAAUUAUUGUCGGCUAUGCUACGUAGGUACCUAAGCUUAGAUGAUUAACCACCCUAGUAUACGACUCUUACGAUGUGACGAGUCAGGGGAUAGGGGCUCUUUUUUAUGGCGUCACUCAUUUAGCCUUGUUGGACAAUAAGCUGAUAACCUGCUAGAAAUAUGCUCAUCUAGUUUGGGAUCUAGGAGGUGUUAGUUAGACUUAGGUAUUCGUCUUCGUGAUUAUGUUGCGAAGCAUAGAGCUGUAUAGCGACCCCUUUAUAACCGGGACUCAUGUUGCCUGCAUUUACUAGAUUAAUCUUCUUCUGUACGGUUGAUAUCUGCUUACAUUUCUAUCCAGAAACUGCCUUCCCUAUAGUAUACGUGCAAGUUGUAUUGUAUAACAAUGUAAUUUGGCCUAUGACA